ACAAAAAAAUUCUCGUCACUAUAAUUGUGUCAUCCCUAGUGCCAUUUCCGAUAACAUUCAACUAAGCAAUCGAUAACCAAAUCGUUCUGUUACACGUGAGGCUCUUUUUGAAGUAAACAAUUUUGAAAUAAAAGCUACCGAAAAUGGGCGAGUUUAUAGCUGAGAUGCAGGAACGUUUGCUCCCUGAGUAUGAGCAAAUGAAGAAUUACAAUGUAUUCCUCCCGGAGCAAAUUAGAGAAAUUGUACUUCGCCGGGAACGUUUGUUCGUAAAGAUUUCUAAGAGCCAACAGAGCCUCAGUGACUACCUUGAGUUCAUAUUGUACGAAAAGCAAAUGCACCAGACCAUAUCCGACAAGGAGAAAAAGAUGCAUGUGAAGCUUACCGGUCUUAAAAAUGCCGUUUCCAUAAGAACUAUGCGUCUGUACAGAGAAGCGCUGGCAAAGUUUACCCAUGAUAGGCGCCUCUGGAACAACUGGAUAAAGUUUAGCAAGAAGACCAACCCAGUCGAGGUGGCUGGCAUCUACGAGAAGAUGCUGCUGUACCAUGGGGACGAACCGGAUUUCUGGGUGGAGGCCGCCGAGUGGGUUUAUGAGCACAAUCGUCUGAACGUCUCCAGGGUUAAGGACAUACUGCUGCGAGGCCUCCAACGUCAUCCAAGUUCGGAAACGAUUAACAAAUGUUUCUUUAAUAUUAUGCUAAAGGAAGCAGCUUCGGCCAGUAGCGAACGCAAUCUGGCAGAAAACACCCUUUCAGAGCAGGAUGUUAAACUGGAGCACGUGGAGGCCGUCUAUCGUAACAGCAUGGCCAAUAUUACAAAGCUGGACUACUUCAGAAGUCUCCUCGAGAUCUGCGAGGAAUACCACGAGCUCACAGGUAAGGUGCAGCGUAAGAUUAUCGAUGAUAUGCAGGAGAAGUUUCCUCGGGAACCGGGGCUUUGGGACCUACUGGCACAGCGCGAGCUGCGUGGCUUCCAUUUGGGCGACUUGUCGGAGGAGGAACAGGAUUCUAAUAGCGCCGACGAGCCUCUCAGCAAGAGGUCACGUUCUGUCAACGUCCGCUCCAUGAAGCGACGCAUUGAGCUCUGUGUCGCUGUCUACAAGUCGGCAGUGGAGGAGCUCCAAACGGCCGAGAUGUGGGACAAAUAUUUGGAUGCCAUGGUGGCUAUGAGUACUGACGGCAACGUUGAGCGCGUUCUGAAGCAACAGUGCCUGGCGGAUGCCUUGCAAGCCGGCCAUCACUCGCGUAUGAUGAAGGUCAAGUACUAUGCCAUUCUACGGAAAAUGCUCUGCAGUGCUCCCAGUGGCCUGGAGGCGGCGGUCACCAUUAUCACAGAAGCCUUGAAGAACGACUCAUCCGUUGAGAUGCACGAACUGCUGCUUGUUACUCACAUUCAAAACGACAGUGAGUCGCUGGUCUAUGAACUGUUCCAGAAGAUAAAAAGCAACAUGGGCGCAGAAGCCUUGCCGUUGUGGAAGAGCACCAUUUUGUACUACAAGACCCGUAAAGACAGCCUAAGUGAGCGCCGACUGGACGAGAUCUAUGACCUUGCCUGCAAGUCCGCCUGGCCCGAGUUUGGGGAGCUGCGAUUCGAUUACUUGCGCUACUUGUGGCAGGAACGCUCCGUGGAUGAGGCGCGCAAGGAGUACGCCAAGCUGGCCAUCCAGCCUCCCAUGUCGUUGGAGAUGCACCGCCAAAUGGCUCAGCUGGAAGCUAGUGUGGCAGUACGGGAGAAUGCGAGCAUCAAAUACUGGCGCAUGUGCUACGAGUUUAUGGCCUGCUAUUUCGGAAAGACAGAGCCGCGCAUUUGGGUGGAGUACCUGACCUUCGAACGUGAUCACGGCGAGACCAAGAACAUAGCCCUGCUCACCCACCGAGCCCUAACCACUCUGGAGCCCCAAUACGUAGCCGCUUUCGAGUCCGAGCGGGCCCUGGCCUAUGUAGGAGCCUCUGUGGAGACGUAAUUGGUAGUGAGCUUGUAGGGUGCGUGGGAAAGGUUCGCAUACCAAGUUCUUCAACCCGUUUUUGGAAAAUGUUUUAAGAAAUUUUGUUACUAGACUUAGUUUAUAGACUAAAUAUGAUAGACUUUUAAUGCGUCUACCUUAAAUGAGUGAUAUUACAUUGUACGAGAACUUGAA